UUUGACAUUCCAAUUGAAGGUUUUGGUUAGCAUUUUUGCAGAAAUUCUGUUUGUGACUGAAUUAUUAGGAAAUACAAAGCAAUGCGUAGGGAAUUCAUCUUAGUUUUGUUGGGUAUUAUAUGUGUAUCGACAUUAAGUUCACUAUUAUCCGGAUAUGUACAAAUAGAAACGGAUAAAAUACUAUUAGACACCGUAGUUGGUGCUGUGGGUGCUGGUAACUUUUCAUAUUGGCAACUAAUGCAUAUAGGACCCCUUUUGGUGGAACUUACUUCUCUAUCUGGUGACGCAGACCUCUAUGUCUCUGAUACAAUCAGGCCGAGUUAUGAAGUGGACAAAAACAACUUCAGUUCCAUAACCUGCGGGUCUGACUCGGUUUUCAUUCCAUCGGACUUUCCGAGACCUAUAGGUAUCGGUGUCUUUGGACACUGGUCACAUUAUCUUUCGGAGUACAGUAUCCAAGUGUUUCUCGAUGCUUCAACAGUGUUCAGCGAGGAGCAGGUGAUGGCUAUAGAGAGAGCUCACCAGGGGAUCGGUGAAGGAGAGAGACAUUUAGAUGCUGAAAAGAGAAGAGAAAAGCCAGCGGCCCGGAAGCCUGACGAGGAGCCGAAGCCUCGGUUCCUGAAGCUCCUGAAUAUCCUCGAUAUGAUAUUUGAAAUGUUCGUCCUUUAGGCAAGAAGUAGAUAAUGGUCUUUGGUGGCAUUAUCAAUUUCUACGUCGAAUGAACGUGGAGUAUGAUGACAUGUGAAGAACUUUAAAGUGACAAAAAACUGAAAUACUGUAAAAUUUUGUAAUUUUACAUGUUAAUCUUCCAAAGUUUACAUUACUGUGCUUCCGACCCGCAGUGUAAUGUGAUUCAAACCUUUUUGGAGUGAUUUAUUAACUUUUUGCGUUGACUAGGUGGCGCUUGUGUCGAUUAUAGUCUCUUCAGUUUUAAGUAAUGUGCGAAAAUGGAAAAUAAGUGCUGUUUUUUUUAAAGGUGCAUCUCUGCUAGUUCUGUAUUAGAACGAAAGUAUUUUUCGGUUUUAUAUUUAGGUAAAAAUACCUAUGUAUUCAUUUAUGAAAUUUUAAGUGCCUCGUUGGCCGAGUGGUAGCACGUGCGAGAGUUUUGUUCCCUCUUGCAAUACUAUUACAAUUUAUAAUUUAAUGAAGUGUAUACAAUUAUUGACUUUAUUUAAUUAGAAAAAGCACUGAAGUAGUGUUAAUAAAUUUAGUAUUUGAUAAGAAAAUAAAGAGGUAAUAGCUGUCGUUAUACUAAAUUGUAUGCUAUAUAACGAAGCCGUAUCUAUUGUAACUCAUUCGGCUCUAGACAACCAACGGUUACAGUCUCUGUACUGAAUCAUUAUUUAUUUUCAUAACUGUAUAUUAAAUAA